GACUGUACUACACACACAUCACUAAUCAGUGAACGUGGGCCAUAGAGGUUCAACUAUGUGUUCAUUGGUUCGCGGCACUGAACUCGGAAAUGCACUUACUUUCUGCGGAAAUAGAGAAACGGCGAAAAAUGACGCUUCAGAAAUUCAAGUUGUAAUGCGCCGCAACGCAUUUUGAAAUCGUCCCGAGUUUCAGCCAAAAUCCACAAAGGCCAUACUAUGACGUCCCACGGUAAAGCAGAGACUGAAAGAUUGCGAAAAAACCUCGAGGAACAGUUGGAUAGACUUGUGCAACAGUUAGAAGAUUUGGAAGAGUGCCGGAGCGAGUUGGACGAAGCAGACUACAAUGAAACUAAAGCUGAAACAAUGGAUCAGCUCAAAGAUUUUAACGAAAGUCUACAACGAAUGAUAUCUGGAGAUAUGACGCUUGUAAAUGAUCUGGGAGCGAUGCAGCUGGCAACCCAAGCUGCGAUCAGCGCAGCCUUUCAAACCCCUGCGGUUAUCAGAAUGUUUGGUAAACGCGAACCGGCACAGUUGAGAGAACGUUUGUACCAAGUUGAACGUGACGCUAAGCUUGGAAAGCUAAGCAAAGAAGCAAGCGAUAGACAGCGCGGGGAAAUACUCAGCGCCUUGAGACAGUUGGGGGAAAAACUGAAUCAAUCCGAAUUACAGCUGGUCGAAAAAUUAUCCCCAGAAUCAGCAGCGCAUUAUAAUUUUGUUCAAAUAGAUGAGAAAAGUCCCAAAGGAAAGAUUGCUGUCGCGCUUGCUGGAGAAGAAGUCAGAGCUAAUGAAAGUACUUGGAAACAUGCCGUCGGUUGAAACUGACGCUUAGCUAACAUCGGUUGUGAUUUCGGAAAUUUCGAAUCUUAUAAGAAUACUAUGAGAUUAUUACAACCCAGUUUCACUUUUAUUGUCAAAUUAUUCAAAAAUCUACAUAUUAUAUAUAUGCUUAUACUAUUUGACUACAUUUGCAUAUUAUUUUUAUGCAGAUUGAACCAGUUCAUGACUACAUCGUUACAACUAUUCCAUGGAAUAUCAUGUUUUAUAAUUCAUACGUUUUUCUAUUAUAUUAGGUUUGGUGAGGCUGCAUGUAAUAAUGCCAUAGAGGCGGUUUUUUCUAUACAAGAAAAGUCAAAACAUAUACCGUGAUGUAAAGGGUACAUUAAAAAAAGGUUUAAAUGCCAUUUCCAGUCCUUGGAAUUCGUAUAAAUAAUAGAUAGAUUUUGAGUUGAUUUACUUAAUAUCUUGCUGAAGUUGAGUCGAAGCCAAAACUCCAACUUUUCCUUUUUUUCUCAGCUGCCAUGUGUUUUUUUCUGCAGGUUUUAGAAUUUACUUCAUAGUUUAUAUAGUUUAUAACUUGGACAUACAACACAUAUUAACAGUAAGUGAGGUUUUGAAUCACUUUGCAAUAUAUACUUGGAAGUACCAUUAUAUAGGUAUGCAAAAACACACUUCAAUAUAAUAUCUAUAUCGGAUAAUCAAACCAUACUUAUGUAAAAUGUAAAUAAAUAUUAAUAUAUUCUACAUAUUAUUAAAAUUUUUUUACCCAGCAGCUUUAUUAACUUUAUAAAGAAUACACAUGUCCAACAAGUGUGAUGAAAGUGUAACUGUAUAACAUUAUAAUUAAGUUAUUUAACUGGCAAUCAAACGAAUACUAACGGAAUCCCCAAUGAUGGAUGGAAAUAAAUACUUUCUACUUUGCCAAAUAUUCAAAAUGCGUGUUCAAUUUGUUUAGAACUGAUUGCAAAUUCAACGCUUUAUGUAUUCUCUUUCAUGCCAACUUUUUAAAGUGUAUACAGAUUUGAUUCUACAAUAACGUGUAAGAAAUUUCCCAUGCCAAAUUACCAAAAUUCCGAUAUUGAUUAUUUUUCAUUUGGUUAAUUCUUUUUCUCAUACCGGAAUACCCAUCAAAAACCAUUCGUGUAUAAAUUGA